AGCCCUGUCCUACAUACAAAAGAGUGAAACAGUCCCCCGUGGCACCAUACAAACCGUCUUCAAGUGUGAGCCGUACGAUGCCGUGCGACGUCUGGGCCUCACGCCACAAAUAGAGAAGACGUACCGAAAGCAGUUCCCCGAUGCUAUUGGCAUGUUGGUGGUGAAGCAGGUGGUGCCUGUGGGGCCGGGCUUUGGGUUACUGCGACCCGGAGAUGUGCUGCUGAUGAUCAAUGGCGAGUUUGUGAGCGACUUUAUUACACUGGAGACG